AUGGUCAUGGCACCUACCGAAUCGGGCUCCUCUAAAUGCGCAGCUCCAGAUACAACAAAUGUUUUCAUAAAUCAAGCACUCGCUGAAGACGCGUCUAUGACUACAGGUACUGACGCUUCUAUGAACAGCAUAACAUUUGACGCUUCAUACCCUGCUACGUUUUCCACCUUGGAACUUUCCCCGAGUCCACUAGAGAAACCGCUUGACUACAAUGGACUUCCAACGGAGUUGCGUCUUAAAAUUAUUCAGCAGACGUUCGAAGAGCCUCAGGUCGUUGCUAACGAAUUUUUCGCUCCGGUUUACCGCAAGGACGGCUGGCCCGACGAACCGUACCCCUCGGGCCACCCUCUAAGAAUCCCACCUCCUCUUAGAGACACGCCUGUACCUAUUGCGUUACAUAUAAACCGAGAGAGCAGAAUAGAAGCACUGAGGCAUCAUCAAAUUGUGUCUCAUCGUCCACUUCCUGACCACAUGAAGCUCAGAUGGCCUAUCAUAUACUUGAAGAGCUCAGUGGAUACUCUAGUGGUAAAAAUGCUGGGGGAGUAUGCUACGACUCAUCAUCUGAGCUACGAAACGAAUUUUCUCAUCACCUCUCUUCGUUAUAUUGAAUAUCCGCGGUCACGAACGGUAAUCUUCUUGCGAGAACCAAGGGAAUGGUAUACCGAUUUGCAUGGCCUAGAUGACUGGUCUCGAGAAUCCGACACUGAAAUUUUCGACCCUGGAGCUUUUUCUACCUGCAAUAGAAUGCUUGGACAAAUUCUAGCACUUUUCCACAAGGAGUACAUGUGUGCCCGGGAACCCAAGCAGCCUCGAAUCAUGAUAUACUGCGCAACCGCACCCGCAACCGGCAAUGCGAGUCCUGAUGUGACACACAAUAGGCAAUUGGCAGAGAAGAUGAAUAUAUGA